UAGCAGGAAUCAAAGAGCAAGUGCUGUAACGUACUCAGUGAGGGUUCUGCAAGAGUGCUGAGCCACUUCAUGGGGGAUCUGAAAGGUCUAUUCUUAGGGACAGUUACGCUGGGGCAGAGGAGAAGAGGAGCCCGCUCUGCACAACGCUGACAGCAGUGUGCUGGGGAGGCUCCACUGUGUAGAUUCCAGUGCAGAAGUGAGUUUGCCCAGAGAGGAGGUUAGGAAGGUGGCCAGUGGGACUAAGAGCUUGGACAGGGAGGAGGAGAGGAUGGAGUGGAGCCAAAGCUGACUCUGGGGCUGGUGCACUGCCCUCAGAAACCAUCAACUCCACUGUGUCCAUUUACAACAACUGUGAUGAGCUCAUGAUUUCACCUCCCCACAAGUCCAGUGAUACCCCAGGGCUUCUGCUACAGUGGCUCUCAGGAGUAGGGACUGUGGCCUCAACAGAAGUUCAAGUAGGGAAGGAUUUAGGGGGACUGGCAGUAUUUAGUGUGGACUGAGCACAGAGUUCCCCGCCCUCUGCUUCCCUGCAGGGUUCUGUGCCACACGGGUUUCCCAAAGGCAGCAGAUAACACAGUCAUCUCUAAGGGCAGGGGACUAACAGAGGGUGGGCAGAAAGAGGGAAGAGGAGGAGGAUGAAGGAGGGGAGGGGAAAGACAUGAGGAGGAGAGGAGAGAGAAGAACUGAGAAGAGAAAGGCUUUAGUUGCAAUCACAUCACAUCUAAAUCUCGCAGAUGACAUCUCAUCCUAUCGACUAGAAGACAGUCCCUAGCUGAAUACAAACUUCAGGACGGGGACUACAUGGGAAACUGCACCAGGAGGUGAGGGGAGCUGGGAGAUGCUAGAAGUCUGCCCACUGUGCCAGUUUUGGUGGCCUGGAUUGAGCCAUCAAUUUCACCACCUGCAUCCCACAUAGAAACCUGGUUUGAGUCCUGAUUAGUCCGCCUCUGAUUCAGCUUCCUGCUCAUGUGCCUAGGAAGGCAGCAGAAGAUGGCCCAAGUGCUUGGAUCCCUGCCAACCACAUGGGAGUCCCAGAUGAGGGCCCUGGCUCCUGCCUUCAGCCUGGCCCAGAGCUGGCUCUUGCAGCCCUUUGUGGAGUAAACCAGUGGAUACAAGAUCUCUAGCUCCCCUUCUCUCUCUGCUGUGCAAACAAACAAAUCAUUACAAACAUAAUUCUGUUCCACACACAAGUCGAUGGCAGGUACUAAGGUCUAGGCCUAAAGAAGAAGAGAACACACUGGAAGGUCUGGGAGGACAAUAUCUGAUUUGAUCAAUUCAAGCCACUAAUGACGCAGUCAGAGAACUGAUGCAAAGGAAGGAAGGUGGAUAAUGCCAAGCUCACAUAACAGGAAUCAGGUCUGCUUUUCAGUUGUCCAGGCUACUUUGAAAUCAUCAGACAAAAAGGGGAUUGGUGAACCAUGUGCACGUCCCACGAAUGAGUCAAAGACCCUGUAUCCCAAGUGACCUGACACCCUCUUCUGUAUUUAGCUCUACUUUUUGCAUUAGAUACAUAGGACACCAGCCAUAGGCUCACUCAGUAUUGUCCCUUGUAUAGCUGAUGACAUCCCUAGAGUAGAUUCUAGAAUGAUCCCACUCUGCUGCUCUGAGACUGGAAAUGUCCUGAGAGGCACAGUAACUGAUUCAGGGUUCAACCCUGGUGAAAGACAGGGGCUGGAAAUAAGGUUGCAUGUGUCUGUGACUGUGGUAGCACCCAGGAAGACCAUAGGCCCUGCUCGGAGGGGGCACUGGUGUCACUGUGUAGAGAAACAGAGACAGCAUGGGACAGCAGGGUGGGAAUACAUUUGCUCCCAGGGUGGUUUGGGGACUUCUUAUGGGAGAAGAGGGGUGAGAUAAGGAAGCCCCAACUGUAACCGUGCCACUUAGAGACAGGCCACAACAGAUCCUGUAACCCCGGUAACCAGGCACGAACAUUCUAGAGAGAGGCCCCUGCCCAGCUCAUUUGGUGAGAGACGCUUGACAGAACAAGAUGUUCUCUUGCUGUGUUCCCACUUCUCGAGGCCAUGGCCCGAGAAACCCACGUGAUGAGGGGUUGUGGCAGCAAUUUCAAUGCUGGUUCUCACCUUACCCCCACCACCCCCAGCCUUGUAGCACACGGCAACCACAGAGCUCCAAGCACAACAGAGGUCAGAAGUUGCUGAACAAGGUCCUGUACUCCAUCUCCCGCAUGGAGAGACAGGAGGCCAACAGAGGCCGCUGUUGGCCCAGGGCGAAAAAGCCAUCUAAACUGAUCAAGUAUGAUGCCCAGGUUGGGUGGAGGGCCCAGGAAGACACGUUGCAGAAGCUGGUGGACCGCCUGGUGCCUGCCUUCCUUGGCUUUGAGCCCUUAUAUGUUCCCGCCUUCCUGAGAACCUACAGAGCUUUUGCCACCACUGGGCAGGUGCUGAACGCGUUGUUAAGAAGGUUCCCAUGGUUCCCUCCUAUGGCUGAAGGUGUACUGCAGGACGCAGUCAAACAUGCUAUCUCGACCAUCCUGGCCACCUGGCUGGAGCAAUACCUGGAAGAUUUCGAUCAUCCCCCGCAGUACACCAGUCUGCACGUGCUUCUGGAAUAUGCACAGCUCCUCCUGCAUGACUCAGAGCUGGGGCACCGUGUGCAACUUCUCUUGGGACGAUUGCAGCACCCAGAGCCCACUGAGGCAGAACUAGAGGGGCCAGCGGAAGCUCCAAUUCCACAACAAGAGCUUGUGCCACCUCCAUCUCUGUUGCCAGAUGGAGCCCCACAGCCAGAACAGGCUCGCAUACCAGCUCUGGAAACCUCCAGGGAGCUCACACCAGACCCCACCGUGGCACUAGCUCCAGAGUGCCAGGGAGCUCCAGCAGCUCCUCCUGUAGAGCCAGUGAAUGCCGCAGAAUCAGAUCCAGACCCCACCGCAGUCUCGGAUCUACUGCAACCUUCUAGGCAGGAAAUGCCUGUUGCCGAGUCCCAAGACCUUGAGCUCUUUGCAGCUCCACAGCUGGCACCUGUCCCUGGGCCAGCGCUCACAGCCCCCUCCCUUACUACACAAUAUGUAGUAAUGUUCAUCUUUCUCCUUUACCUCCGCAUAAGAAAUUACUAUUCUGUAUACUAUAAAAUUCGCUUUUAAUAAAAUAUACUAUUAACUUUUUAAGGUAUUCCAUAGUAACCACUUUAAUUAAUGCUGUGUGUCCAUCACCACUGUGUCACUCUGGAACCUUUCAUCCAUCUGUACUCCCCAAGUCAU